GCAUUGCAUACGCAGCAUUGCGCAAUUUCUAUACAAAUAACGACAUGUUUUAAAGUUGAUAAAACGUUAGUUCCGAGUGUUGUGUUCAUUUUCUGAUUAAAUUUGCUGUGCCUUAUAGCUUUCUGUAAUUUGUGCCAAAAUUCUAGUUAAUAUGUUUUGUUUUCCGUGUUCGCAAAUUAAAUUCCCCUCGUUAGGAAUGAGUAAUCCUUUAAGCGGCGUUAAGAAUAUAUUCGCGAAAAAACCAACGAUACCGAAAACACCUGUAGAUGGUGCAGCAAUUAAAAAUUUGGGCGAGAAAGCCGAAGGGAUUUUAGAAGAACAAAAGAAAAAAGUUGAAGAAUUGGCCAUCGAAAAGAGGAACGCAGCUGCUGCCAUUCUAGAACAACAAAAAGAAAAAAUUGGAGACUUGUUAUGGCAGUCGAAAAGCGACGCUGAAAAUUUAAGUGCCGAAGCUAAACAAGCCGUAGAUGGUUUCGAAGAUGAAAUUGCCAAAGAGGCCAGUAAAGCUGCUGAUGAUGCUACUCAACAUGUCAGCAGUACGGUUGACGAGAAGUUAAAAGAAACCGAAGAAUUUUUAGAUGAUAAAAGGGAAGAGGCUGUGAAGCAGGCUAGUUCGGCAGCCGAUUCUGUUCUCAAUCCGUCGGCCGUUCUGGGAAAAGCGAAAGGAUUUUUGAAUUUUUGAACUUUGUUUAACGCUUACUAACCCAAGUAUUCAGCUUUAGAAGCAGCCUAUAUUAACUUACGUAUAAAUGAAAAAAAAAUCAAAGCUUGCAUUUCAACAUAACCUUAACAUUUCUAACAUUGUUUUCUCUUCGUUUGUAUUCUAAUUAAUUAUCGGUUUGUUUGAUUGUUUUUUUUUCUUUUUUUUUUUUGGUUUGUUUUUUUAUAUCUUAACGUACUAAUUAUGAUCACUCUUUAGUAUAUUAACAACGAGUUAGUUAUUACUACAUUUUAAUUAAUAUCUCAUGCACAAAAGUAUAUUCGUGAGUAGCUAUUUCUCUGUUUCUUUCUAAAAAAAAAUCGUCCUUAUCGUAAUUUUCAAAUCGUCGAAAUAAGAUGAUCUCAUUCUCGAAUAUCUAGCUUACUACUCUGAUCUUUGCUGUUCUCGCUUCUCUUCUUCUUAUCAAAUUUCUACCCAACUAAUAUGAAAAUCUUGUUUCAUAAUGAAAGUGUGUUCAUUGUAUUCCUCAUCACAAAACUUUCGGAAGCUUAUACUAAUCAUUUUACCAACUUUAACAGCUUUUGCAUUCACAAAAGAAGAAAAAAAUUACUCUCUACUUUGCGAAAAUUUUUUUGAAAAAUUGCGCACUGCUCAAUAUACAUAUGUAUGAAUCACAAGUCACAAAGAAGGACUUUACGUGUAGAUCUUAGAGCAUUAUAAAGAUCUAGAUCGAGCUUAUUAAAAAAUCGCAUUUUGGACGAUUAGUUGAUCAAUCGAUUAGUUAAACAAAUUACGAUGAAUCUGAUUAUUGAUUAAAUAAUGAAGUCGAGUCGAGUUUAGAGAGCGGUUUAGUAUACUAUUUAGAUCUCUAAUAAGUAAUAAAUUAAUCAUCAUGAUACUAAUAUGUAAAUAUAUUAAACAUGUUUUAUUAAUAUCCAACAUAAAAUAACGUGUAAAUUGAAGCGAUGCGAUGGUUCGAAGAUGCUUAAUUUUAUUUUAUUUUACUUAAAUGUCGAGUUACUUACCUAUCGAUUUUACAAUGGAAAUGGUUUAAUAGAUAGGUAUUUUUGUACUAUAUAAAUUGUGUAUGAAUUUAAAAAAAAAAAAAAAUUGUUUGAUCGUAACACCGAUAUCGAUUAUCUACUCUCGAACAAGAUCACCGAACAUGUAUGACUAAUGUUAAUUUUGAAAUUUCCAUUUUCAGAGAUUUUUCCUAAUCAACUCGGAUCUACAAUCAUAAAUUAUACCUACUAUUUUCAUAACGAAAAAUUACACACGAAUCAUGAAGUAAGUACGUAUACGUCUUGGAAAUCAAAUUACGCUAUUUUUGGGUAUAAAUUAAAAUAAUUAUCUUCCAUUAUGAAUCAAGCCAAUGUUACCAAUAGUUACCUGUGUAUGUUUCUUUUUUUUUUUUAGCGCAGAUGUAUCUGUUUAAAAAAAAGUAUUAUGUGUAUCGAAAAAUAUUUUUUUAAAAACAAAACUCGAGCAAUAAUUUGAUAGCGUGUAGAAAGCUGCAUAGAAAAAAAAUUACGUUGUUUGUAUCGAAUAAGUACCUGUAACAAUUAUAUUCGUUUGUAGAAUAAAAAAAAUAAAUAAAUAAAAAUUUUCAAGAAACGUUGAAAUAAUUUUUAUGUUUUUUUUUUGUUUUUUUUUGUAGUGUUUAUUGUACUACCUACCUACUAAUUAUUUACAUAAAUGUUAUUACAGAAUUGUAAAUAUUUUACCAACACAAAUACAACAUUUAAUGGA